CUCUUGUUCAACGUCAACAGCGACAUCCGAUUUAACCCCAAGGCGGCGGAGAACCCCGAGUGGCAAAAUGAAGGCAAUGAAGAUGAGGACUUUCUACCCACAGGGGAAACAUCGAUUGAUUCCUACCCAAACUGGCUCAAAUUCCACAUUGGCAUUAAUCGGUACGAACUGUAUUCCAGGCACAACCCAGCGAUUGGAAUCUUGCUGCAAGAUUUGGCUUCCCAGAAAAUCACCAGUGUUGCCAUGAAAUCAGGAGGGACCCAGCUCAAACUCAUCAUGACGUUCCAGAAUUAUGGACAGGCCUUGUUUAAGCCAAUGAAGCAGACAAGAGAGCAGGAAACGCCCCCUGACUUUUUUUAUUUCUCCGACUACGAGCGACAUAAUGCUGAGAUUGCGGCAUUUCACCUGGACAGGAUCCUGGAUUUCCGCCGUGUACCACCAGUUGCAGGUAGACUGGUUAAUAUGACCAGAGAAAUAAGGGAUGUUACUCGUGACAAGAAACUAUGGAGGACAUUUUUUAUCUCACCAGCCAACAACAUCUGUUUCUACGGGGAGUGCUCAUACUACUGUUCAACGGAACACGCCCUUUGUGGGAAACCAGACCAGAUUGAAGGGUCCAUGGCUGCCUUCUUGCCCGACUUGUCUUUAGCCAAACGGAAAACCUGGAGGAACCCAUGGCGACGUUCCUACCAUAAACGCAAGAAAGCUGAGUGGGAAGUUGAUCCAGAUUAUUGUGAAGAAGUUAAGCAAACACCACCCUACGACCGGGGGACCAGGAUUUUGGAUAUAAUGGAUAUGACCAUUUUUGAUUUUCUGAUGGGUAAUAUGGAUCGACACCAUUAUGAGACCUUUGAGAAGUUUGGAAAUAAUACCUUUAUUAUCCACUUAGACAAUGGAAGAGGGUUCGGGAAAUAUUCUCACGAUGAACUAUCUAUCUUGGUGCCUUUGAAUCAAUGUUGCCGAAUACGGAAGUCCACCUAUCUGCGUUUGCAGCUCCUGGCCAAGGAGGAGUACAAGCUGAGCCACCUGAUGGAAGAAUCCUUGUUGGAGGACAAAAUCGCCCCCAUCUUGUACAAACUGCACCUCGAAGCGAUGGAUCGGAGGCUCCGGAUGGUCCUCAAGGCCGUCAGGGACUGCAUAGAAAAAGAGGGCUACAACAACGUGGUUGAUAAUGACUUUGUCUCCCACAUGAACACCGUCACGACCGAGAGGUAGUGAAAUGGCAGGACUUCUUUCCUUUCGUAACUCUGCUGAAGAAGACUGACACGCUGACCGACCACCACCCAACAGUCUUGCAAGAGACUGUGUAGGCCCUGUUGUGAAUUCAGUGAAUUCAGAAAUCGCUAUUCUAAUUGUUCUUCAAGUAGCUAAGGUGUAGAGUCUGCAACUGAUUAGACUGAGGACAAGAAGCUUGGUGUCCUCUGCAGCCAACAGCCCUUGGGGCAUCCAUGUGUUCUCAGCGGACAUGGUUACGCACCUGCCAUGGUUUUCAUCCAGCCUCGCUUGCCUUAGGUUCUAAAUUAUUAUUCUCCAUUGCCGACGAGGGCCUUGGAGUCCACACUGUGGGCGGAGCUUCUGGCAAGCCCCACCUCCCCAGUGCUUUCAUCGAUCCUGCGGCCAGUGAGUUCACAGCACCACUUUCCCCUUCCUAUUGGUUUACGUUCAGCCCACGUGGCCCACGGUUGGAAGUCGCCAUCAGCAUUGAGAAGAGCUUUCAGGAAAUGCCGAAGGUUAAUCAAGAGAUCCUGCGGCUGACGGUAUCUGGAGGAAAAGGAAUAAACUUGUCCUUACCACACUUUCCAAACAAAUCCCCUCACGUCAAAUUAGGAAGAAAAUGGAAGAUUGCUAACGGAAGCCGCUCGCUCGCUUGCUGGCGAAACCCUCCCAUUCCUUCCCUUCUUUUCAUUUGUACAGAAAGCCGAUCUUUAUUUAAUAUUUUGUAUUUAUAUAGAAGACGGUCGUGUUUUUUAAAAAAUGAAAAAGGGUACCUUUCGAGGGCGGGGGAAGGGAGUGGCUGAUGUCCACCACCAACAAAAUGUUCUCCAGGGAAGCCCAAAGAAAAAUGGUCUUUGCUGUAGUUGCUGCUGAAGCUAUCCCAGAUCCGAAUCUGGGUUUGCGGGUGGUAGGAGCAGUGAACGAGGUGAAUGAAUUACGAGUCUGAAACAAUGCACCCAUAAAGGGUUGGCACAUUAAGGGGAAAAGCUGAGCUAUAAAUAUUCUUCCUAACAAAGGGUUUUUUCCACCAGUCAAGAAAGGGUCCGAGAUAGAGAAGGUCAUGCUUUUGACAUCUCCUCAACGUGCGUCAUGAAACCUUAGUUUCUCACGUUCCCUUUCAAGGCGGUAUCCUCAUCUUGCUCCCUUUCGGUUGCUCCCCCAUGGCUGCCAAAGUUAUCCCAUGUGCUCCCCAACAUUUCCAAGACCGCUCCAGCUGUGGCCUAGCCAAAACCCCACCCCAGAAAUCACCAUCCGCAGAACUUGGUCAAAAGAGGAACGGGACAAUACAAUACAUGCAUUGACAAGAAUACUUGAAUGCGGUUUUACAGAGUGAUGUUUAAAAAAAACCCCAACCCCAGAGAAAUUGUACUAUUUAUCCAUCAGAAAGUAGCAGCUCUUCCCUUUCUGGACUGUUCAAGCUGAGCUGCUGCUUUUGGUAGUUUUCUUUUAUGUAAAUAUAUACAUAUCCAAGUUUAAAAAAACACAGAUUAAAGAAAAAAAAACAA